UUUUAAUCUAUAUAUUAACACAUAAAUAAAAUUUGGUUUAAUUUUUUACUUUUAAAACUCUUUUUUAUUAUUAUAGUUUUGUAUGUACUAUAGAUAUGUCAGACUCUGAUUCUGAUGUUGAUACCAAGGUUAAGAGAAGGAAAACAGAAUCAUCUGGCGAUGAAGAUUCUUCAUACGGAGAUGUUGAAGCUGACUUUCUUUUCAAUGACCCUUCUCCAGAGGAUUUGGAUGGAAUUUUUACAUUAAUGCAGGGAACAAUUAAAUCACUUGAUUGGAACUUACCAAAGUCCUUAAAUAAGGAUUUAUACCUCUAUUUAUCUGAGCUGGUAUCCAAUCAACCUAACAUUGGAACCUUAAUCAAAGUAGAAGAUGAAGAAGAUUCUUAUGUAAUGGCAGUUUUAUCAUUAUUGAACUUAAAACAAUAUGAAGGAUUAGAUAGUUUCGUAGAAGCAGUUUUGAAGAAAGCGGAAUCUCACUGUGACAAAAAUGGGCUUAAAAGUCUCAAAGAUGUUCUAUCAGAUAAAAACAACCAAGUUGGUUUAUUAAUAAAUGAAAGAAUGGGCAACGUUCCAUCACAAUUACUGGGAAAACUUCACGAAUGCGUUAAGGAAGACAUUAAGUGGUCCAAAGAAAACGCAGAGGAUGAAGAUGAAAAGAAAUUCUAUAAUUUUACACACAUCCUGGGAUUAAGUAGAUUAUAUACACAAAAUCACAAUGAUAAGUCAAAAGAAGAUAAUUUAGUUUACCAAAAGCCUGAAGAAAAAUACUAUUUUGACAAUUCGUUCGUUAAAUUCAUGUGGCCCACAGGAGAAUCCAAUACAGUAAAAUUUUAUGAAGACGACAAGAACAAAAAGCCUACUUCUAAGGUGCUACAAGAAUACAUGUUUGUUUAUUGCUUAAAAUUUGAUCGAUACAACUUCGUGGUUAAGGAAAUCGCAAAAAACUUUAAAGAAUGAAGUUCUCAAAACACAAAUCAUAAAUUUAAUAAAUUAAUAUCUUUUUAUCCUCA